AUGCCCGCCAAUGGCGAGGAACAACUGACCCAAGCUGGGAUCCAGGACAUACUCCUCAAACCCCUCAACAAAGAUGAUUUUCUCCUCAAAAUCGAGACCUGGGCAGAAACCCGUGCCAUUGGCGCCCUACCCGCCGACUUGGCCAAUGUGCCUUUGGUCGACAUUCCCGAUCUGAACCUCCCCGAAUUUCUGGGCGCCGCCGGUACCGACCUUCCUUUGGAUAUCCCCACCAGUGCCCGCGUCCUCGUCGUUGAAGACUGCACCCUCACCCAACACGUCAUCACCUCUCUGCUACGCGAGCUCACCGACAACAUCACCCAAGCCACCGAUGGCGAACAAGCCAUUGAACUCUGCCACCAACAACACUUUGACAUCAUUUACAUGGACAUUCACAUGCCCAAGAUCGGCGGCGUUCAGGCCACACAGCAAAUUCGCGCCAGCAGCCGCCUCAACAUGUACACCCCCAUCAUCGCCUUCACCUCGUCAGGUACCCUCCAAGAUUACCAGUCCUACGGCAUGAACGACAUGCUUCAAAAACCAUUCACCGUCGAAGCCCUCAAGGCUCAGUUCGACAAGUGGACCCCGUUCGGCCAAUCCACCCUCAACGAGUUCAACUCAACCCUCGACCUGACGGCCGCCUCCUCCAACGGCGGCCUUGACGUGUCGGGCAACGCUUUUGCCCACCAGCCUUCCUCCCCUCUGGCUGUCGCCGUCAUGUCUUCCGGUCACGAAUCCGCCAUUGCCUCAUCAUCUGCCACGGCUGCUGCCAACGGAAACUUUGGCAGUGCCUCUCUACCCACCUCCCCCGGCGCCCAUCUUGCUAGUGGAAGCUCCCACAGCAUGCUUCGAUUUGCCAUGUCCCCCGCCGCGGCCGAUGGCGCCACCUCGCCCUCCAACUUCCCUCUCUUUGUCACCGAACAGCAUCCCAGCGGCACCGCGUCACCGGGCACCCGCUCGCGCAGCGGGUCUGAUCCCAACAUCAUGACCGUACGCGUCCCGACAUCUGCGUCGAGCCAAAACUCCAGCCAGAACAAGUGGCCUCGCAAGCGCACGAAGAACACCCCUGGUCACACCGAGAAGGAGAAGCAACGUCGUGCUAAUAUUGUCAACUCGUGCAAUCUUUUCCGAAACCUUGUGCCCGUGAACCGCGAUGCCGACAAGGCCACGGUCUUUCGCACGGCUGUCGAGUAUCUCUCCUUUCUCCGCACCCAGCUUCCCGCUGACCACCUGGCUCAAUAUGACGCUCAGUUUGCCGACCACAUGCAGAUGAAACAGCUCGAAUCUGACUCGGCGCGUCUCAACAUUGAUUCGCCGUUGGAUAGUCCCAUUGGCAGUCGCGGUACGAGUCGACCAGACAGCCCCCUUUCUGGGCGCGAGCUCUCGCCUGUGCGCUCCGGUUCGAGCCCUGUCAUGGUCGUGCGAGGCCGCAGCCCCAGCCUGGUCCGCACGGCCUCGGCCGGCGUCAACUUUAGCGUGGGUUCCCCGUUGGCCAAUAACUCCCAUUAG